CCUUAGGGCAGAGAUCCAAUCCUUCAUUGCACGGACGGAUGCGGAGCUGGCUGACAUUCGAUGUGUGUAAAGGACGCAAAUGCAAGGACAGCGCAGUUUCCCAGGAAGGAAUACACUUUCACCUCACAAAUUGAAACAAAUCACGGUUCUGGAACAUAUCAAAACAUUCUCUCAUCGUGUAAACACGCAUCUUUCGCCCCGGACAAAUACGCAGUUUCGCAACCGUCUAAUUUGGAAGAUCUUUCCUAAAUACAAGUUGUUCCGUGUCCAAUCCAGAUUUUUAAAGGCAGCAUGCAAAUUAUAUCAUAAGUAUGGAGUUGUCAACGUGUAGUCUUUGCUCUGCAUACACAUUUUUAAUUAUUGUCCUUGUGUCAGCAUGGACAACUUCCGCUUUGGCAGCAGGACAAAGCGUUCUUCAAGCAUCAUCAAAAUCGUCGUUUCCGAUCAAAGGGAAUGCAGUUUUUCUUCGACGGGAUACAAGAAAAUCAGUCGUUGCUUGUCCAGUUCGAGAGUUAGAAUUUGAGUCGGAUUGUCCAAAGAAUUGCACGUUGAAUUCGCACUGUUCCGAAAAGGAUGAGGAACAGUGCCUGUGUUUUGGAGAGUGCGGAAUGUCAUGCAUCAACAAGCAAAAGGCUUAUUGCAACCAUCCUGGUUUACUGGAAAAUGGAAAAGUGGUGUACGUCGGUCCUACAGGACUGUACGAGCUCCGUUUCUUGAAACAGAAAGUUCCUAUGAAAGGACAUGUCUUGUACGAAUGUAAUUCUGGAUUCUCACUCGUUGAAGGUCCUCCUGGAAAAACUUGUGAAGAUGGAAGCUGGAAACCAACCAGCGUCCCAAAAUGCGUUGCAACCGACAGCCCUGGCUUCCAUUGGUUUCGAUCUGGAAGGAUUAAACGAAGAGCAAUUAAAACUGGAGGAAGUAGCAGCAUCGUACGAAGUAAAACUGGUCCAGGAGGAGGAUCUGGAGGUCUUGGGACACGAAGAACUAAAAAGAAGGGUCACCGUUUUGGGGAAGAAGAUGAUUUUGAAAUAACUCCCAUCAUCUGCCCAAAUUUGGACCAUGAUCCGUUCAUCCAAACGGAAGUUAUUCAGGCUGGCGAUGAGCAAAAUGAAACAUUUUCUGCGGGUGCAAUAGUGAAAGUCAGUUGCAAACCUGGAUUUGGAGUGAACCUACCAAAUGAAACUGUACGAUGCGACAAAGGGAAAUGGAGACCAAAAAUUCCACAAUGUUCUGCUUUACCAUGUCGUACACCAUAUAUCGUGCACGCCGUCUUUUACGAAGGGAUCAAGCCACUUUAUUUCCAGGAAUUGAAGAAACACAAAACCAUGGCGGAAGUGAAAUGUUUGAAAGGAUACAAAUUAAGGGGUCCAGCUAAACUUCAUUGUUGGUUUGGAGAGUGGGAUUUUCCUGGUGAAUCACCCGAAUGCGUGGCUGCUCCUUGUAAAUUACCGAGUAUUGAAAAUGGGAAUUACCUUAAUGCUUAUGAACCUGGAAAACAUGUGCAACAUGGGAUGGACGUUGACUACGUCUGCAGUGGAUCAUACCGAAAGAUAAUUCCAGGACCUGUGCGUUGCGAACUGGGCGAAUGGAAGCCGAGCAGCCCGUACUGCGUGCACCCUUCCAUUGGGGACCACGACGGGAAGAAAGGAGGAGGGCGGAAAGGCCAAGGAGUUCUGCAAGCCGUACUUAAACGGUCAUGUGGGUCACCUCCCCAUCAAAAUGGGUCAUACACUUACGUCAAUGGACUCCCCUUAGACUGGGAUGUGCAGUUUAGUAGCUUUCCAGACGCAACAGAAGUCCUGUACCGAUGCUCUACUUUGAAAGUUAAAUCCAAAAACCGAUGGAAACUAACUUGUGAAGAUGGGUCGUGGAUCGGGAGUACAAAUUUGACUUGCGAUGGUGAUGCUCCUAUCGAUAAGUGGAUGAGUUUGCCAAUAAUGAGCAUGGUCAAUGGAUCGUGCCAUUAUAAGCGGACGGAUAAGCAUGUCGUGACCUUUUAUGAUGAUCAAAUGAUAAUUGACGAUAACAAAGAGUAUCCACAUGGGACGAUUGUGACGUCUAGAUGUGUGGAUAUUGGGAAAUUUCGACUAGAAGGGGCAGUUCGUCGUAAAUGUUUGAGUGGACAAUGGAUGGGCAUAACUCCGAGAUGUGAAGGACUUUCUCAAUAUCAGGAUUAUUCAUUGGAUAAAGCUCCAACCAUUCUAUUUCGCUACUCAGGAGGAUCAAUUGUUCAGAGCACCGAUGGGAAUUUGAUUGUAUAUCCUGGCACGACCUUGCACAUGGAGUGCUUGUGGAUACGAAAAUUUGGGAAGCCGACGUGGUCAACGUCCAUUGCAAACAAAACUUACGUUGAGGGAUGGGCUGGCGAUUCCACACGAGACAGUCAAUUAGAGUAUAGACUAACCAUUGACAAUGCGCAAAAACGAGAUGAGGGGCGUUAUUCAUGCAAAACCCCUGCCCGACACACGCACGAAAUCAAUGUAAUAGUGAAAGAGGCAUCAUGUCCACCUUUGCCUGACCACUCAGACCUGAUUUACUCCACGAAUGAUACCAUCCUUGGCACCAGGGUCACUUUUACCUGCAGAAAGAACAAUUCUUUAGUUGGUGCGGAUGAGAUAUUCUGCACUGCAGCAGGAAAAUGGAGUGUUGCCCUCCCAAGAUGCGAAAAUAUUGAAUGCUUCGACAUUUCCCUCGUUCCUGCCAUGGCGCCCCUUGCCGUCAGCUACUUGACCAAAAAUGGAACUCUGACAAGGAAUCAGACCGCACCUCCGAAAGUUACACUUCUUGGCACUCACAUGCAAAAAAUUUACGUCGGAGCGAAGGCAGCUUUCUCCUGUGAUCAGGGAUACAUGAUUGAAGGGUCUGCAGAAGCUAUUUGUCAGGCCAAUGGCGAAUGGUCGGCUUCAAUGCCACUUUGCAAAGAAGUGGAAUGCCAACAUCCACCCGUGCCAGAAAAUGGCAUGCUCGUGGGGCAGAUUCCAGAGAAAUUCAAAGCUGGCGAUUUUGCAAAUUUUGAAUGCAAACAAGGCUUUAUGAUGGAAGGACAACCAAUGCUGGCUUGCCAGGAUAAUGGGAAGUGGUCAAAGGCCAAUGGAAUUAAAUGCAAAAUUGGCUGUCCUUAUCCCGGAACAAUUAUUCUCGGCAGUUUAUCGCCGUCUUCUCAGAUCAAGUUUUACUACGACGUUGGAGAGACGGUAGAGUUCGAAUGUCAGAGUGGAUAUGAGCUCCAAGGGUCAAAAAUGCUAGUUUGUCACAAAUCUGGCAAGUGGACUUCACAGGUUCCCACAUGCUUGCCAUCCACCAAUUUUGACCACGUUUCAAAUCGAAUGUUUCUUGUUCAGCAGUCGCAACAAGCAAGUGUAAACUAAAAUUCUCAAUGCAGACAUUUUAUCCUGCUUCAUCGAAUUUACAUAUUUUAAAAUUCGUGAAUAUAAUAUAAUUGAUGGAAAAUUUAAUCACUACUAACGAUAUCUAUAUAAUUUUGUUAUUUACAUUUCUUCAUUUUUGUAGUAAUUGCUAUAUGCUGGAGCAAAAAUGCUCGUUGAGUCAGUCAGCAUAAUGCAUAUAAUAAAAUUAACCAAUCAAUCUGAAA